AAUGGUCUCCUUUCCAAUAUGUUCUCUGUGCAGCCACCUCGCCCGCUGUAAAACAGCAAGAAGAAACUCUGACUUAUCUAAACCAAGGUGACUCCUCAACCCUCUUCUUUCCACUUCGGGGGUUGGGCGGGUGCCAUCUUUGAAGACUUGGUACUAUCACCCAUCUUCUCCCCUUCUGAACUUAUACACCACCGCACACUCAGCUCAGUUCAGCUUACCCUUCAACGCAUCAGCUUUAUCGCACAACACAUCACAUACCUUCAAGUUGUCUUAUUUGCUCUUUUUGCAUAAGUUCAUCUUACAUACAGUUCUGCUUUCGUCUAUAGACUUUACUACUGGGAGUUAUUCAUAAAGUUUUGACAUCUUUUUACUUUGUUGAAAUGUAUUUCUUGUCUUUCUUUUUCAAAUAUGAAAUGUGCAUCAAGAACGUUGAUCAAUAUAGCAAGGGAAUUAUUACAAUCCUAUGUUUUAUAUCAAGACCCUUCUUGUUUGUUGUAAAGGAAACCUUGUUUAACUUUAUUUCAUUAUUUCAAAAAGAACAAGUGGUAUAUUGAAGAUGCCACUGGUUUAUGAAUAACACCCAUUAGUACAACUCAAGUUGUCCCUAUGUGCACAUUUUGUUGCAGGUUGUUAUAAUAUGUUGGACCUAUGUUUGUUUUUAAGUGAUUUUAAUUAUGGGAGUUGACUUUGAUAUACCUUUAUGUCUAUCACCAGUGAAAUUCAAUCAAAUGACUUGGUUUAAAAUUAAGGCAGAUAUCGGUAUGCAUUUUCCAUGAAGGGAAAAAUGAAGUCAUUUUAAUUGAAUUUAGCCAUGUCCCAAUACACAUAUCCAUCCACUUGAAAGUUCUGUGUCGUCAGGCUGUCAGGAAUGGACGGUCAUAUUUCGGUCGUGUUCAAUGAAGCAGUCUAACGACACUAGAAUGGAACAGGUGGCACUUGUACAAACAGAUGACGUGUUGUGUCUGUCUAUGUCCUUGUGCUCUGCGCAGUCACGCAUGAGCCUCUCAGUGUAAUAGGCUGAAAUGAAUGGAAACGUUGUUUUUACAGGUUGUUAAUUUUACGAUUUGAUUUAUGUUCUUAGUAGGUUUUAAAUGUGCAAUUAACUUAAUACUAAUGCAACAGUGAGGAGGAACAUUAAUUUAUGUCCCUUCGUUUGUGUGGAAACAAUAAUUAAGUAUGCACAGGCAGUUGUCUAGUCUGUCGUUACCGAUCCAGACCAGUGCUUUAAUAAUGAAAAGCUUUAUGUAUGUGCUUUGUUCUCAAACGGUGACACUUCAAACAACUUCUACUGAUUCCUCACUAAAUGUCUUAAUAGCACAGGAAGAACUCAUGGAUGUUUUAUCUCAUAGCUUCUGUCAACAAAUAGUUUUGUCAUGAUGGCAGAUUAUUGCACAACCAUCAGACAUAAUUGAAUCCUAUAUGGCUUUAACCCCAGCAUUAUCUACCUUUCUAUGCUUUUAGUCAAUGGGAAUCUGUGGCUGUUCUUUUAAGUGUUAUUCAUAUGAGCUGAAGCCAAGGGUGAUGCAAUCCAUAUGGAUCUCCACUCGUUAAUGCUGUCUGAAUAAAUGAUCUGUAAAUGGUUCUUCUGGGAGAUUGUGCGUAGCUUUUCGCACUUUGCCGAACGACAUUGGCGAUCGGCCAUGUGCGAGGCUGCCUUGCCUAGUCACUGUGCUUCGUACUAAUGCUUUGUCCUGCUUGUCCACAGAGCAUUGUGCGUGUGGUGUUUCAUGACCGGCGCCUGCAGUACUCAGAACAUCAGCAGCUGGAGGGUUGGAGAUGGAACAGGCCUGGGGACAGGAUCCUGGAUGUAGAUACCCCCCUCUCUGUGGGUGUCGUCGAGCCUCGUGCUCACCCACUGCAGCUCAACACUAUAGAGUUCCUCUGGGAUCCCGUCAAGAACGCAUCCGUCUUCAUCCAGGUCAACUGCAUUAGCACUGAGUUCACCCCUAGGAAGCAUGGUGGGGAGAAGGGAGUUCCCUUCCGUAUCCAGAUAGACACCUUCACUCAGAACGAACAUGGAGAGUACCUGGAACAUAUGCACUCCUCCAGCUGUCAGGUCAAGGUCUUCAAGCCAAAAGGAGCUGAUCGUAAACUGAAGACUGAUAGGGAAAAGAUUGAUAAAAAGUCCCAUCAAGACAGGGAGAAAUAUCAAUCCUCUCAUGAAACCACCAUGCUUACCGAGUGUUCCCCCUGGCCUGAUGCCCCAAAUCUCGGUAGCACUAACAACACUCCUUCCCCAGUCUACCACAGCUCCCCCACCUCAUGUAGCUUUACUGAUGGCAACAGCUCUCCAAUCCAGCAGGGGGAGCUGAUUCUGUCCGGCUGCUCUUCUGAUCACCUUGUGCCAUCGUCCUCACCGCAGGACACGCAGCUGUGGCUUCAGCUUCACAGGUUCUCGCCUUACUGUAGGCUCUUCUCCAGCUUCUCAGACCAGUUUGUAAGUGACUGUGGAUCUUCUGUGAAUGUUGUAGGCGCUGACCUGUUGAAGAUGAGCAGAGAGGACCUGAUCCAAAUCUGUGGUCCGUCAGAUGGCAUCCGGCUGUUCAACACCAUCAAAGGAAGGUGUAUACAGCCCCGCCUCACCAUCUAUGUGUGUCAACAACAAGCCAGGAAUCAACCACAGACAAAGCCCGGGGGGGGAGAGGUGUACCAUGCUCUAUAUCUGGAGGACCUGACAUUGGGGGACCUCUCAGAGAAGAUAGCUCUCCUUUACAGUGUAACUCCCCAGCAGAUCAGCCACAUCUACAGACAAGGACCCACAGGGAUACACAUACUGGUCUCUGAUGAGAUGGUGCAGAACUUCACAGAGGAAACAAGCUUUGUUGUCAACACUCUGAAAGAUGAAAAUAAUGAUGGCUACCAUGUUGUGUUGAAGUGACUGGAGGACAGGUCUGGAGUGGAUGGUUUAGAUCCCUGUUCAAGUGUCUGGAACGUAUAGGGCUUGUUGAGGAGUAUUAAACUUUGUAACAUUAAAUAGUGCAAUUGUAUAUAUUGUUCAUAGCUUAUUCUAUAUAUCAUGUUCCUGUCCAGGCAUUGCAAUAACUCUGAAAAUGUCCUUGAGACAGCUUUUUAGUUUACUUUUUUAAAUUUAUUUUUUUAUUAAGUUAUUGGUUAAUUUUGAUGAGAUGUGUAAUUCGUUUAUAAAGCAUGGUUCAUUACUCCUGCAAAAUGGACAUGUUUAAAAAAAAAAAAAAAAAAGUAAAUAUCAUACAAAUCUAUUUAAAAUCACACUAAGUCGUUGAAAUGUAUCAUAAAGUGUUGUUCAAAGAAAUCCAAAAUAUACUACAUUAUUGGCAUUCCUUUGUUACGAUCUAUAGUUGUUGAUUUGUUUGAUGUUACAUAUUAGAAGGCAAACAUUAUUUUCUGCGGUAUCAGUACGUAUUGUUUUAUAAAGAGUGAGGACCAACUGUUUUCUAGGGGUCACAUUCAAGUAUUCAUUCUGAAACUUACUUUGAUUUCAUCUUCAAAUGAUAUCUUUCCUAUCGACAUGGUUUAUGUUUAUUCAAUAGUGGCUUGUUUAGCAAUACUACAGUGUUUCAAAAGUGAUGUAAAGUAUUAACUCUGUUUGCUUCGGGCCACAAUUGCUUCACCUAUUUUAAACAUUUGAAUUAAAAGAAUCUAGACAAAUAUUUCAACCCCCAAUACAGACUUACAGAUAAGGCAAAUGAACAAAUCAUAGAGCUGUAAUAGCUAAGGAUUCUAUCCUGCUUCUGUUAUUUAUCUCCCAUUUAAUGUAACAUUUUAUGUACAGCAUAUCAGUUGUUCCACAUACCUGUCCUGAAAUUUAAAUAGCUUGAUAUUGUCCAAUAUGUUAAGUGAAGUAUUACUGCCAAUGCUUGAAUUUUAAUGAAAACAACUUGACUGUGAUGAUGUGAUUUCACUCAACAUAAAGAAUUUUGCACUGCUCUGUA